UGGCCGCCUCUAAGAUGUUAUGUGAUUGUAAAGUAAAUUGAAAUUAAAUUCUUAUUGUGUUUGUUGUUGACAUAUUAAUGAUGGCAUCCACAUCAGAACCUCGUACUCAAGAAAACUCAGCACUGGUUGAACAAUUUUGCUCCAUUACUGGUGCUACUAAAGAAAAAGCUCAAAAAAUGUUAGAAGUGUGUACUUGGAAUCUUGAAAUGGCUAUUAACAUGCAUGUUGAUUUUGACUAUCAGGAAAAUGACUGUAUUGAAACAGAUGAUCCUGUAAAAAUUCCGCCAGAAAAUGAUCCUGCAGUUCGCCCUCCAAUUCCACAAUCAAGAGGCGUUUUAGUAGAAGAUGACAUAGGCUUCCAUUACGGUUUAAGAGGUAGGAAAAGAAGACCUCAUUCAGUUUUUGAUGGCUUUAGAGAUUUUCAAGCAGAAGCACAGCUGCAUGAUUAUACAGAUGCAAACAGUGGUGAAAGCAGCGAAACAUUUAAAAAAAAGAGAACUUUAGAAGAUCUUUUUCGACCGCCUUUGGAUAUUAUGCAUCGAGGAACAUUCGAAACGGCUCGGGAAGUUGGUCAGGUGUCAAAUCGAUGGUUGAUGGUUAAUAUACAAGAUUCUCGCGAGUUUUCCUGCCAAGUUUUGAGUCGUGACGUUUGGAGCAAUCAGGAAGUGAAAAGAAUUAUUUCGAAGCAUUUUGUGUUCUGGCAAGUGUACAGUGACAGCAUUGAUGGUCAACGAUAUAUGCAAUUCUAUAAACCUGUUGAAUUUCCUUAUGUUGCUAUGAUUGACCCUCGAACUGGCGAAAAACUCACUGUGUGGCAAAAUAUAGAUGCUACUUCAAUCUGCGAUCUUAUAGCUGCAUUUUUGAAGGAAAACAAUUCUCCGAAUGGAUCAUCAGCAGGCAUUUCUUCUAAAUUUAGCCUUUUAGAUCAAACCGAGGAGUAUCAAAUCAAAGCUGCCUUAGAAGCAUCCUUAAAGGAAUCUGCUAAAGAAAAUGCGGAUGAGAAUGACAGCGAUCUCGAAACCUUCGAUUCCGAUUCAGAAAACACCAGUGGAAAGGUGUCUAAGAUAGCCAUUUCCAAUUCUGAUCAUUCUAAUGAUGCCAUUGACGUCGUAGGGUUUUCAGAAAGUAAUGACAAAGAUAACGAACUUUCACAAAGCUCGUGGAAAGAUUUCUUAGGCAGUGAUGAUGAUCCUAAGACGGAACUGGUUCUUAGAUUUCCAGAUGGAAAAAAGGAACAAAUUACGUGGCCCUGUUCUACCAAGGUGAAAGCUCUUAUGAUAUUCAUCAACGAAUUAGGUUAUGACAAUGAGAAAUAUGAAUUAGUUACAAAUUUUCCCAGGAGAAACUUGUGCCAACUUGACCAAUCUAAAACUUUGAAAGAAGUUGAUCUUUUCCCCCGAGAAAUGGUCUUUGUACAGCUAAAGUCAUAGCGUUUGGAAAUUAUAAAGCUUGAAUUUUAAUUCAGAUA